AUGCCACCCAAGACUGCCCUUACGAGUUCGUUUCCACUGUCGACCGACGCGGAAAAUGAGGUUGUUUGUCCUCUCACGAACCAAGAUGGCUCGCAGUGUAGGAAGAGAUGCAUUGGAGAGAAACGCUAUAGAUCCAUGCAGGAACACAUUCGACGCGCACAUCCUGACUACUACAUCCCGAAAUUGCCUGCUACCGAAGAGAGUUUCCAGUUGAUGAUCACGACACCGCCCUCGGCCAAACCAUCACAACCACCAGCAGUGGCAGGCGCUUCCAUUCGAAAAGGUGCUCCGGAUGCAAGUGAACAAGGCCCCUUACUCGAACAAGUUGGUGCGGUGACUGGACCACCCCAGCCCACUGCCAAUGCCGCAGUUGCUCUGGCACAGCUUCACAACUGGGAUUCCGAUUUUGACGUGUUUCCCGACUCGGAUUACAAGCGCGAUCUCUCGACCGGUCUUGAAUUACCCUCCCUACGUGCUCAGUUCAGCGAAGAUACCCUGCCACCCUUCCAACCUUCUCGCAAUCGCGAAUUAUUACCUUCUAUUCUCCAAUCUCCUGGCAGCCGAUAUUCUUCCUUACCACCCAUUCAACGGCGGGACAAACUCUCACGCCCACGGAAACCCUCCAUGGGUCAAAAUGCGCGCAAGGGCAAACACGAACGCGGAAAGUCGAGGGAGUUCUCAGCGAAGGACUUCACACGGCGACUAAGCGUCGAAGGUCGAAAGGCCAUGUCCGCCGAACCGCCUACGGCGGCUUGGGUUCAGGGCAAGAGAUGGGAAGAUCUGAUCGAGGCAGCGACGACUGCCACCGAAGCGGAUGAUGAUCGUGAUCUCACUCCCAUCGAGAUUUUGUAG